AUGAAUCCUGAUUUUGAGAAUAGUUAUCAUUUAAAAGCUGAUUAGCAUAAGUUCCCUCUAUCAGAAUAAUGUCACACUCUUAAGAAUAAUCUUAGUUUUGACAUUGAUAAAUAUAGAACUUAUAGCUUAAGUAAUCCAAAAGUGUGUAUUGAUGAAUAGAAUACUAAGAGUUAAGUAAAUGGAGUUAAAUAAGAAUACAAUCUUACUAAUCCUUUAAUUUAGAAUUAGGUAAGAAUUUAUAUUUGAAUCUUUAGCAAGUAGAAUCUGAGUUCUAAAUUAAUGUUGAUAAUAUCUUACAAUUUAAUUAGAAUUGUAUAAAAUUCAUUUAAAUUAUAAAGUUAAUUGUUCUGAAUUAAUUGAUUUAAACAAAGAAAUUAAAUCAAAUUCUGAAACUCCCAAAAAAAUGGAUUAACCAUUGUGUUUACAGUCUGAAAGAAAUUACAAAUCUCAUAAUACUGAUUUGAUUGUUUUACCAAUUCCAUCCUAUAAAAAUAAACUUAAAGCUGUUGGUAAUAUGUUUUUAGGAGUUUGGAGAUUGUAAUAAAAUAUUGUCAAACCUAUUAUAUGCACAGUAAAAAUGAACUCAAAUAAAAUUAGGAUUAAUUUUAGGAUAAUUUUGAAUCUUUACAGAACCAUUUAAAUAAUAAAAACAAUUAUAAAUAGAUCCAUCCUGUCAGUGAAUCUUAGGAUCAAAGAUUAAUGGAUCUAUUGAAUUAAUUUAAAUUAGUAUGUCUCUUUUCAUAAUAUUCUAUGUCUGGUUCAAAUGAGGAUAUUUAAAAUAUGAUAAAGAUUCUCUAAAAAGAUCCAAAACGGUAUUGAUCCAUAACAUUCUAGUAAUUUAACCAAUCCUUAAGAUCCAAAUCAUAUAAUAAACUCAUUAAAUUAAUAUGGUCAAAAUGCCCUAUAUAUAGCAACUAAAAAUGGAAAUGUUGAAGUAGUCAAAUUUUUAUUGUCUCUUGAAUGUAAUACUCAUAUUAGAAGCCGUAUUUUUUAAGAUCUGACUGAAAGUCCUUUAGAAGUAUCAUCAAGAUGGCAUCAUUUAGAAUGUGUAAGAUUGCUUUUGAAUGCUGAUAGAUAUAGUAAUUCAGAAUUGAGAUCAGCUAUUAAAGCAACUUAAAAUUAAGAAAUUAUAAAUUUAUUGAAACUAAAUAUGAGUUCCUCUCUUUUCUCAUGUUGUCUAUGA